AUGGUUGAGAUAAAUAAUGAAAAAGAUAAUAACAAUAAUAGUGAGGAUACAGAUAUAGAUACAAUAAUUGAAGAGUUAGAAAAUAAAACAUAUUUAGAAAUUAAAAAAGUUGCAAAAUCAAAAUUUGGUGUUAAUGCAGGUGGUAAAAAAUCUGAAAUAUUAAAAAGAAUAAAAAAUUCAAUUAAUUCAAAAUCAAAUCAAUUAAAAACCAUUUCAUCAACAAUAACAACAACAACAAAAACAACACUAAAUAAUAAACCAAUGGAUAAUAAUGAAAAAUUAUUUUGGAAAGUUUUUAAAAAUAAAUUUUUAAUUACAAAAAUUAUGAAUCAUACAAAUUCAGGUCCACAUAGAUUAACGUAUGAUGAUGUACAUAAUGCAAUUCAUUUGAUUGAAUGUAAUGAAAUUGAAUUAUUAAAAGAAAAAGUUAAUAGAAAUCAAUAUUUAACAGGUUACAAUAGGUUUGGAAAUUUCUCAUUUUUUCAAUCAAUUAAAAAUGAUAAACAAUUUUAUACAAAUUUAAUUAAUAAUUAUCUAAAUAUAUCAACAAUUAUAAUUGAUAUAGAAUUUAUAUUAAAAAUUAUAAUUCAAAAUGAUUGUAUUGGUGCUUUAAAAUCAUUAUUUGAAGAAUUUAAUAUUAUUAAAGAACUUGUAAAAAUUGAAUUAAUUGAUUUAAUUAAAUUAUCAAUUGAAUCAUGUAGUUAUAAAUCAUUUAAAUAUUUAAUAAUUAAUAAAACAAUAACAACAAAUAUUUUACCAAAUGAACAAUUUUGGAAAUUAAUAUUAAAUAGUAAAAAUAAUUCAUCAUCAUCAUUUCUUUUUAAAUUUAUAAAUUAUAUUAAUUUUAAUGAUAAUGAUAAUUUAAAAUUAUUUUAUAAAUGUAAAUUUGAAAAAAAAGAAUUAAAAAGAGUUUUUGAAAAAUGCCCAAUUGAUGAAUUAAAACUUAGAAUUAAAGAUUUAAAAAAUUCAUGUAUUUCAAUUAUUUAUUUAAAUUUAAACGAAUCAAAUAAUAUUAUAUUUAAAAAUGUAAAUGAAAUUAAUGAAUUAUAUAAAUCAUUAUUUUUAUUAAAAUCAGAUAGAAAUCAAAUAUUAUUAGAUUUUAUUUAUGAUCAAUAUUCAAAUAAUAAUAAAGAUAAUGAAAAAUUUAAUUUCAUUUUAAAAUUAUUGAAAAUGUAUUUUGAAAAUUGUAAUUCAAAUCAUGAUGAAUUCUAUUCAAUGUUAUUAAAUAAUAAUAGACAUUAUUCAUAUAAAAGUAAUGAACCUAGAAGAAAUCAAUUAUUUAAGAAUUCAAUUAAGUUUGGAAAUUUUCAAUUAUUUAAAGUAAUGUUUAAAUUAAUAAAUUGUUUAUUUGAUUUUUAUGAACCCGUUUCAAAUGAUGGAUUUAAACCAAUGUUAUUUCAAUUUGAAAAUAAUUUAAAAAAUAAAAUCGAAUUUAUUAAACAAGUUUGCCAAUUGGUUAAAAAUAAUUCAAAUUAUUUAAAUUUUAUAUUUAAUCAAGUUUUAUUGUAUGAUGAUUUAGAAUUAAUAGAAUUAGCAUAUAACCAAUUAGAUAAGCCAAUGUUAAAAAUUGAAUUUAUAAAUCAAGAUAAUUAUAGAGCAAGUACUAAUAGUAAUAAAAAAGAAUGUGAAGCUGAAUUUUAUUUUAUUAGGUCAGAAGGAGUGUUGGAAUUUAUUUUUAAAAAUUGUUUAAAAAAUUGUAAUAAAAUAUUACCAAUUACCAAUUUCAUUUAUAAUGGUAGAUUGGAUUUAGUUGAAAAGUAUAAAUCAUUAUUAUCAUCAUCAUCACCAUCAUCAUCAUCACAAGAAAUAUCAAAUAUUGAACCAUCAUUUAAAUUAGAUCCACCAAUUUGUUAUUCUCAUAGACUUUAUUCAAUUACUAUUGCAAUGAAAGCAAUGAUUGGUUUUAUAAAUUCACCAUCACUUUCAAAUGGUUGUGGUGAUAGUGAUGGUGAUGGUGUAAUUUUUAAAAAUGAACAUUUCUUUGGUUUAAAUAAUUUAAAAUCAAUUUCUGAUUUUAUUUAUUUAAUUAAUCAUAAAUUUACAAAUCAAAAAGGACCAUUCUAUUUUAGUUUUUAUGGUCACCCACCACUAAAAUUUUAUAUUAAAAUUUUAAUUGCAAGAUGGAUUUAUUAUAAUAAACCAAAUCAUUUUGAAAGAUUUGGAUUUAAUAUUUUAGAUUUAUUAAUUAAAAAAAAUAAAAUUUAA